UUGAAUUAAUUGUAAUAUUGAUGAAAUGGUUUUUUAUAUAUACACUUUGCGUAAAAAAUGUGAUUUCUUAACAUCUAUGAACAGAAGUUCAUCUCUAGAAUUGUAAAGUUACAUUUUGGAAAGUGGUCGCCUGCUAUCGGUUAUAUGUACAUGGCUUUUAGUUUUCAGUAUUUUUGUCCACAAAUAAAUUAAAGGAAACAUAUUUUGAAACUAAAAUUGUUAAGUGCAUAAGAAAGCAGACUAUUCACACAAAAAUGGUUACAUAUAUUUAAGUGUUAAAUCCGGAUCCUUACAUAGCUACAUUUCGGAAAUUAGCUCAGGGAAUUAAACUCAGGAAAUUCAAUAAGAUACAUAAUUACCUAACACAUACAUAUUCCUACUUUGGUACAUGUGAGAAAUGAUUUGGUACGUCCUGUGAAGUACAAAAAGGGUAUAAUGGAUACAAACUUCGUUGACAUGGCAUACGAACGUUAUGGAAUACUAGUCCAAAAUGAGCAAUAUGAUGAAGACAUAACAAAGCCGGAUGAUAUUCAAAAAAUUAAUAUUAACAAUGCCAUUUUUAUUCCGGACGGCAUUUCCAGCAGCGGUCAAAUAAAUUCACAAAGAAAUAAAAUGUUUGAUUCGUUCCUUCAGUCCGAAACUCAAUAUACUGAAAACAUAAUGAAUGCAAAUAUGCAUGGAAAACAAUUACUGAAAGCAUCGGAGAACGUUUGCCCAUCUAAAAUAAAGAAGAAUGCCAAGAACUAUUUGACAAACUUUGAAAUGGCGAACAGUUUUAAGAACAUCGAUUGCUCCGAACAGCACGAAAUUUCAAAGGCGUUGGUGAAUUGCCUUCAAGACAAUGUAAGAGAAAUAAAAGAGUCUGGUAUUGGAGACCGCAUUACUGAAACUUCCGAUACAAUUGGGAUAACAUCAUCUGGAAAGUCGAGACGCUGGGAACAAAAACUGGUUCAAAUUAAAACUAUGGAAGGGGAAUUCAGUGUAACUAUGUGGGCAUCUGGAACAUCCGACGACGAAUACUCUGGGUCGGAGCAAAAUAUUGGCGAAACAGAAUUUUUGAAAGAAACACAUAGCACAUCAGAUGGCGCAAUGGUCAUUUCACAAAGCCAUGAAACAGAAUCAGAAUUUGGACAGGAGGAAACCCUGUUGCGGCAACAGAUUUUGUUUCAUCAAGAAUUGCAAAUGCAGCAACAAUUAAACGUCGUUCCGUUAACGGGACAGUUACCAAAGGAGAAAAAGCUUCUUGCGCAAACAAAGAAUUCUUCCAACAAAAACCUCACAAAAUCAAUGUCCAGUUGUGAAACUCAAUCUUUACUAACUAAUUCCAUUACAAAUGUACAGGCUAUAAAUCGGUCUGAAGCUAUUACAAUUGAAAAUCAGAGAUUAUUAGAUAAUGAUAAUGACUGUGACUCACAGACAGCAGGAACACUGCCAUUUAGUCUUGUUCUCCAAGGAAGCUUACAAUCAGAUAGCUCGUCAACUCCGCCCCAACUAGCAUACAAUGAAAACCUGGGAGCUUCAGUUACAACCAAUGAUGUGGACUUAGUGGCUUAUCCAAACGAUAAAAAAAUAGCAUGCCCCCAUAAAGGAUGUCAUAAAAAUUUCAGAGACUCGUCUGCAAUGCGCAAACAUUUACAUACGCAUGGUCCUCGUGUGCAUGUUUGUGCAGAGUGCGGAAAAGCUUUCGUAGAAAGUUCUAAACUAAAAAGACACCAGCUCGUUCACACCGGAGAAAAACCAUUUCAGUGUACCUUCGAAGGAUGUGGGAAACGUUUUUCACUCGAUUUUAACUUAAGGACACACGUAAGAAUACACACCGGAGACAGGCCAUUUGUUUGCCCCUUUGAUUCCUGCAAUAAAAAAUUUGCUCAGUCCACAAAUUUAAAAUCACACAUAUUGACUCACGCAAAAGCGAAGAGGAACACAAGUACUAUGCGCCACAGUACUUGUUCGAACAACGAUUCAAAUAGUCCUAGUGAUGAAACAAAUUAUAUUAAAGUAGAAUUGCGAGAUAAUGUUUCAGAAAACAAUGUUCCCUUUGUAGUGUAUGCAGACUGACAAGUUUGUACUAUGUAACAUGUAUAUUUAAGAUUAUGUUUAUAAUUUAGAAUGUAAGAAUCUUCAACAAACGUCGUACAUGAAGUACGUGUUUUUAACAACCCUAAGAAAUGUAUAAAGAAAAUUAUAUGUAUACAAAUUUCGUGUCAUGGUGCUUGAGAUUAAACUCGUCCCAAACGGCUCGACCGAUUUUUAUGAAAUUUUUG